AUGGCGGCCCCAACACGUACUGCAGUUGUCCAGAUAACCCCAGGCGUCGCUCAUGUCAAAAAAGACAUACCUCUGCCCGACUUGUAUGAUGACUUCAUCAUCGCCGAAACUAGAGCUAUCGCUCUUAAUCAGACUGACAAUCAUCAAAUCAAUUCCCUAGCCAAACCGGGGUGUAUCAUUGGAUGUGACUGGUCCGGGGUGGUGACGAAGACUGGGAAAAAUGUCACCCGCUUCAAACCUGGAGAUGAGGUCUUUGGAAUCUGUCACGGAGGCAAUCGAAACCACCCCGAAUACGGUGCCUUUUCAACAACGAUAACUACCAGAGAGCAAGCGACAAUGCAUAAGCCGGCACAUAUAUCGUUUGAAGAGGCUGCAUCCAUUGGCGUUGGUAUUGGCACAGUAGGCCAGUCAAUGUACUUUGUCGGUGGCCUGCCACUUCCAGAUGCAGAUGAAAAUAGCAAAGCGAAAGGAACGAGCAUCUUGAUCAAUGGGGGAAGCUCCGCAACCGGAACUAUUGCGAUUCAAUUGGCAAAGCUGUCUGGUUUUACUGUGCACUCGACCUGCUCAAAAUCCAAUUUGGAGCUUGUCAAGUCACGCGGUGCUGACAAAACCUACGAUUACGCAACUGCUUCGGUUCACGAGGACAUUCUUUCUAAUGUUCCAAAUGGGUUCACUUAUGUCCUUGAUUGUAUCGGUGAGGAAGAAACAGCCAAGUUUUGUGCACCUUUACUUUCACCAACUGGAGGUCACUAUCACUCGGUCAAAGUCCCUGUCCCUGAUACAUUCAAGAAACUUCGACCGGAGGACACUGUCAAAGCAACAACAUCACUGGGGUAUACGAUGCUUGGUGAAGAUUUCGAGUUGAUGGAGAACAUGGUUCUGCAUGUGUCAGACGCCGAGACGGAAUUCGCGAAGCAGUGGGUUGAAUUGGCCGAUAAGCUGGUUGGUCAAAGAUUGAUUGUUCCUCAUCCGAUUGAUAUCAGGGACGGCGGUCUCCAAGGUGUUUUACAUGGUUUAACAGAAUUGAAGGAGGGAAAGAUUCGCGGCAAGAAGCUUGUUUAUAAAAUCGAAUCCUGA